UGAAUUAAUUGGGCGAAUCAAUCUGGGUGGAUGUUAGAAGGAAAAUGUUGAUCAUGAGAUUCAACCUGAGUUUGUAUGAUGGCAAAUUUGUUUUAUAUUGGAUUAAUUCGGUUUAAUAUAUACUUAAAAUUUUUAUUAUGACAAUUGACGUUAUGCUAACAUCACUAGUCUGAUUGGCUGGUACCAAGACCGGUUAAGAACCGGAUUAGUCCUUUGACUACAUCAAUGCCUAUUUGGAUUGAAAACAUUGGUUUUAGUGUUAUUAUCGAGCAUUGGUUCUGAUUUUACCUAUUCCGUGUAUGGAGGAUUAAAAACUGAACAAUAGACAUUCAUUGAAAAAGAUUCUUCUUGUCAAUUUAAUCAGGAGCAAGAUAAGAGCAGGACAAAAGUUGAAGAAACCAAAAGAUUUAACUGGGUUGAAAAUUGAUGGUAGCUUAUAAUUCAAUAAAAAAAAAUUGAAAAACUUGGAACAUUUAUCUUCCUCAUUGAUAAAAUAAGCAGAAAAUGACCUGAAGAUCACCUCGUAUCAGGCGAAGGGGUGAAAAAAGAGAAAAAGAAAGCCCAGAAAGCAUAUUUUUAGUCAGUUAAACGAGAGAUUCCAAGCAUCCAGCUCCGAAUAACAACAAAAGAAGAUCGAUAUUUUAGCCUUAAGGGGUCCAUACAGUUGUUCAUCGCCUAUGUAGACAUAUUCAUAAGUUAAGCUCUCUCUCUUUGCUCUCACUAGCCAUAUGAGUACCUUGUUGACCCUUUUCUUUCUCCUCAUCCCAUUUUUAUUUCUCCUAAUCAGGAGAAGAUCCUCAAGAAAGCUCCCUCCUGGUUCACUUGGAAUACCCAUUAUAGGCCAGAGCCUGGACCUGCUUCGAGCCAUGAGAGCAAACACUGCAGAGCAAUGGCUUGAAGCAAGGAUCAGAAAGUAUGGUCCUGUAUCAAAGUUAAGCCUCUUUGGAACCCCAACCGUGUUCAUUUAUGGUCAGGCUGCAAACAAGUUAGUCUUCAGCAGUGACAGCAGCAUAAUUGCCAAUCAACAAACGAAGUCAAUUCGCAUGAUCUUAGGCAAUCGGAAUUUGCUGGAACUGAGUGGCGAAGAUCACAAGCGAGUUCGAGGUGCCCUUGUCUCCUUCUUGAAACCAGAAUCUCUAAAGAAGUAUGUGGGCAAGAUAGAUAAAGAAGUCAAGAAGCACAUUGAGUUGCACUGGCAUGGGAAAGAACAAGUCACGGUUUUUCCCCUGAUGAAGACACUAACCUUCGACAUAAUAUGCUCUAUUCUAUUUGGAGUUGAGCGAGGAGCCCAGAGAGAUCAACUUGUUCAUAAUUUUGGAGAAAUACUACAAGGUUUGUGGUCAAUCCCUGUUAACUUGCCUUUCACACACUAUAAUCGAGGCCUGAAAGCAAGUAAAAAGGUUCAAAAGAUGCUGAAAGAUCUUAUACAUGAGAAGAGGAUGAGACUUGAGCAGAAGAUUGCUUCUCCUAAUGAUGACCUUAUCACUUCCUUGCUCAGCAUCCGUGAUCAGAACAAGGAAGCUGCAAUUACUGAGAAGGAAAUUGUCGACAAUGUGAUGCUUAUUAUGGUUGCUGGACACGACACUUCAUCUGUUUUGAUCACAUUCCUGAUUCGCCUUUUAGUUAAUGAUCCCGCAGUUUAUGAAGUAGUACUUGCAGAACAACAAGAGGUAGCAAAAAGCAAGCCCAUGGGGGAGUUACUAACCUGGGAAGAUCUUGCCAAGAUGAAGUACACAUGGAGAGUGGCAAUGGAAACUCUGAGAACAGUUCCUCCGGUCUUUGGUGGCUUCAGGAAGGCUUUGACAGAUAUUGAAUUUGACGGUUACUUUAUCCCUAAAGGGUGGCAAAUCUUCUGGGCGACAAACAUGACUCACAUGGAUGAUAGCAUAUUCCGAGAUCCAUCAAAAUUUGAUCCAAGCAGAUUCGAAAACCAAGUAUCAAUUCCUCGCUACAGCUACAUUCCAUUUGGAGCGGGGCCUCGCAUAUGUCCAGGUUAUGAAUUAGCCAGGAUUGAAACGCUUGUUUCAAUCUAUUACCUGGUCACUCAAUUUUCCUGGAAGUUACUGGGUUCAGACAGUUCUUUCAGUAGGUAGCCUAUACCUACCCCUGCUAAAGGACUGCCUAUACAAAUCAUACCAAAGCAACAUCGCGAGAAGGCUCAAAAUGUAGGGCGGUAGCAUCACUAUCAAUUCUUGAUCAUAGUCACCUCAUGCUAUGAUCAACGGUUGACAGUAGAGGUGACGUUCCGUUACCCCCAAUACUUUACCUAUUUCAUGUCACCAUAAUCAAGUCCAGUGAUUAUGUAACUAUCAGUCUGCUAAAGUGGAUCUUCAAGAAGGAUUUCAGAGAAGCUUGGAGACGUAGCUUAUGAUUCCUGGAAAAUGUCUUAAAUAAUGUUUAAGGUAAGGAUUCAUCAAUGACGCGUCAAUUAGAGUGAUCACCCAUGUACUAAUUGCCAGGCUGCAAAUAACAUGUAUAUGUCAAUGUUAAAUUUUCUGGUCAUUGGUUACUUGUUUUGGUUUUGACUUGACAGAUACCAUAUGAUACUACAAAGCUUAGAAUUUUUUGUUCU